UAUUAAAUUAAUGUAUUUUUUUUAUUUUAAACAAAAUAAUGAUUUAGUAAUUUGAUUUUUUAGAAAUCAUUAUUUACAAUUUACUAAUUAAAAAAAAAGUGUUUAAAAAAAGCAAUUACCGGGCGAUUUCUUUUGAAUCGAUAAAACUUGUUGACAAAGGACAAAUCUACAUAGCCUGGAAGAAAAGACUGUCAACUUACGGAAAAUAAAACAAUAAGAUAGCAUUACAAAAACACAUAGAUCAAGUCAACAACUAUCAUCAUAUUUCAUUUGCUCUUUUAGCGCGUAAUGUACUUUCAUUCUUCAUAAUCACAUCGACAUCAUAAUUAUUUGGUGAAAGUUGAAACCGACCAGAAGAAAAUGAAAAUAACAGAAGUUGUUUGAAUAAUUUAAAGCUCUUCGUGUUUCUAAUUUUAAUUCAAUUAAUUUCAUUUACACGUUAAUAUAUUAAGAAUCACCUAUACACAUAAUUAUUAGAUUUUAAUACUAUUGCUCAAUGUUGAAUACCGAUAUUAUAAAAUUAUAAAUAUGAAUCCUGUAGCAGGAAAAAGAUUAACAUAUAAGCGAAUGAGACCUAAUCCUCUAUUUGAAAAAUGUUUAGAGAAAAUUUAUGAAGAAGCUAGAUUAAACAAUACAAAAUAUUUGCCAAUCAUCAAAGAAGCCAUGUCAUCAUUAUCUAAAUAUCCAUUACCUUUAAAAUCUGGAGCUGACUGCGCUAUACUUAAAGGUUUUAAUAAAUCACUAUGUAUUCUUCUAGACAAGUAUGUGUUAGAAGCAGUCCCUAAAAAUUAUCUUUCUCACAAUACUACUACUACAGAUGAGGUAAUAGAUCUAGAAACUCACCUAAGUCCAGAUAUUAAUGAUUAUACUUGUAAACCUUUAUGCACCCAGGAAAUAAUAGAUGUAGAGAAUUGCAAUGCAUCAAUUGUUCAACACAUAGAUAACAUUGGUAAUAGUCCAAAAUCUUCUUGUUCUGAAAUACUUCCUAAAAAAGGUAUCUAUAAACCUCAAUUCAAGUCUGGAGCUUUUGCUAUUCUUCUGGGUCUGUUAGAGCACUAUCAGCAAAAUACUGAAAAGAAUUUAUCAAAAGAUGAAAUCAUACAAGUUGCCCAGAAGUAUUGUGAAGAAUCUUUUAAAGUCACAAAAACUGUAAGGUACUCAGCUUGGUCCAGUAUGGCCCGCUUAAUUAAUAAAGGCCUUGUGAUGAAAAGUCAGAGUAAGAACAUUACAUAUGCAUUAACUGAAAAAGGUGUUUCAAUGGCUUAUAAUUUGUGGAAUGAAUAUAAAACUAAACCUUCAACACAUAAAUUUAUGUUCCAAAAACCAAUGGAAGAUGUAGAUAUUAGAAAUGUUUCAUCAUCAGAUAAUUUAAUCAAUUUGCCAGAAAUCAAUCCAUUUGAAAAAAGACAUGCUGGUUGUGAAGAGGUUCUAACUAAUCAUCUAGUGAUUUAUUUACCUGCAAAUUCUUAUGAUAUUGUGUUAUUAAUUGAUAAAAAUGAAAAGAAUGGAAAUGAAGAUCCAUUCCAUAACUAUCCUGAUUUGAAAUAUGAACUGAGAAGCCUUAAAGUUGGUGAUUUUACAUGGAUUGCAAGAAAUCAUGUCAGUCAUGAGGAACUUGUCUUGCCAUAUAUCAUUGAAAGAAAGAGGAUGGAUGAUUUAGGAGCAAGUAUAAAAGAUGGAAGAUUCCAUGAGCAAAAAUUUAGAUUAAGAAAAUGUGGUUUAAAACAUGUUUUUUAUCUUGUGGAAUCAUAUGAUAAAAAUAAACAUGUUGGCCUACCUCUACCUUCCCUUAUGCAAGCCCUUGCAAAUACAAGAAUCCAAGAUGGCUUUAAAAUUUACUAUACAGAUUCUUUGAUCAAAAGUCAUAGAUUUUUGGCUAUGAUGACCAAAAGGUUGCAAGUUGAGUAUAUGAACAAAUCAUUACGUGGCACCAGUUGCAAUCCAAAAGAUGGAAUGCUAAUGACCUUCAACUACUUUAAUAAAUCAUCAGUGAAAACUAAAGUUUUGAGUGUUACUGAAAUGUUUAUCAAAAUGCUGCUUCAACUAAAAGGAAUGUCUAUUGAAAAGGCAUUAGCAAUAACUAGUGUUUACAAAACACCUAAAUCUUUAUUAAUUGCUUAUGAAAAUUGUGAUACAAAACUAGGAGCACUUCUUCUAGCUCAUUUAAAAUAUGGUGACUUAAACCGAAAUGUGGGUCCCACUGUCAGCAAGGCAAUAUUUCAAUUAUUUACUUCCUAUUAAGUGGUGCCUAAAAUUUCAAUCAUAAUUUUGUACCUUCUCUAUUAUUUUGCAACUAUCAUAAUCAUGAAACAAGUAAAUAAAUAUUAUUUUUGCAUG